CAGUGUUUAGCCUUUAGCUGGCUGCUCUGUCCCUGCUCAGCAGCACCUGUCAUUCUCACGUUAGUGUGUACGCUUAAGGUGUGUUUAUAGUCUCUGGAAUAUACAUUUUUGCACCUUGAACGCUAAAAAAAGAAUGGGGGGCAGAGGGCACUGACAUGGGAAGUGCGGGGUACUCGUCCCACACGUACCACAUUUCCAUUAUGCCCAUGCUAAAUCCUUUCUACGUGUGUGCUGAUGUGAAACUUUAAAAUGUGACACAGAAAAGAAAAUGGAACACCUCUGUAAGGGAGCAAACUUUUUGUAGUAAAUGUCAUUGUUUUUUUGCUGCUACAAAACACUGACAUUUUAAUAAAGAAUGUGAAUUUUACCUAUUCUCUUUUUCCAACUGUGUUUAUGUAUGGUAUACUAUUUACAUGUUGCAUUUUUUUCUUGUAUUGUUUAUGGUUGGUUCUGUCUCAAUUUCUACGUCGUAAUCAGCUUCAUUCUGCUCACCGUCUGAGACAGAAAUCACUCCAAACCCUUCGGUGCAAAUUUAAAGUUAGUCUUGAAACCCCUUUAGCACAACUUGUAACUGACAAAGCGUUUUAACAUUGGCUUAGAUGUGCUCUUGGUAGACCAGCUUUGAUAUAAGGACACUGAAUGAUGAUGAUGGGAAACAAAUCUGACAUCUAAUGAAUGGCUCAAAGGAAACGAAGAUGUCUCACGUAGACACCAAAAUAAGUGUAUGUUAUCUUUCUUCAUUUAAGUGAUAAAAUUGGUAAUUAAGCUGGUUAUUUCUUCCUGAAAGCUGAAUGUGGAGAAUGUGUCCAACAAAAGCCAAGUCAGAGAAAUGUCUGUGUGUCAUAAAUCUGUACAUUUGGAUCACUCGCUGUCUUUCCACCAGGUCUCUCUUUGUAUGUGUCCUUUGCUCAAUGUGCUUUCUGUGGUUCUUUUCUUGACAAUGAAUUGCAAAUUCAGAAGAGGCAGCCUGUAGGUAUAUGAAACCAUAAUACUAGCUGCAUGAACCCUGUUUAUCAUAUCUUAUUUUUUUAUUUCCUUUUUUCCAUUAUAGACUUGGACUUUUUUUUUAGAUAUGUUGUCAGUCAAGCAGUUGAUUUAAUGUUUUAUCUUAAUUUGAUCAUGCUUGUUCUGCCUUUUGAAACCUUAUUUUCGUGUCAUUAUUUGUUACCACCUAACAAACCUCCAUUAUGUUCUUUGUCGUCCCAGUUGCAAGUCACUUGUCUCGUGUUUUGUUGGUUGAACCACUGCUUGUGCUGUAGAGUAUUCAUGUUUCCUCUGUGUUUCUCUUGUGUGAAGGGGAUGUGCUGUUCCAGAUGGCUGAGGUCCACAGACAGAUCCAAGUGCAGUUAGAGGAGAUGCUAAAAUCCUUUCACAAUGAACUCCUCUCAGAGCUGGAGAAGAAGGUGGAUUUGGAUGCUCGAUAUUUGACUGCUGCCUUGAAGAAGUACCAGAUGGAACACAAGAGCAAAGGAGAGAGUAUGGAGAAAUGCCAGGCAGAGCUAAAGAAGCUACGAAGGAAAAGCCAAGGCAGCAAGAACCCGUCAAAGUAUGGCGAGAAGGAGAUGCAGUUUGUAGAAACCAUCAGCAAUAAGCAGACUGAGCUUGAGACUUUUAUUGCUGAAGGGUACAAGACAGCCUUGUCAGAGGAGCGUCGCCGAUACUGCUUUCUGGUGGACCGACAAUGUGCUGUGGCCAAAAACAACAGCGCCUACCAUGGAAAGGGUAAAGACCUUCUGACUCAGAAGAUCCCAGUUUGGCAGCAAGCCUGCGCAGACCCUAACAAGCUGCCAGAGAGAGCCAUGAUCCUGGCCCCACAAAUGGGCUCCACUGCACUUGGGGGCACAAGUCCUCUGCACACUUCCAAAUCCAACCUGGUCAUCUCUGACCCUAUUCCUGGGGCUCAGCCUCUUCCCGUUCCCCCAGAACUGGCUGUUUUCAUGGGUAGUGGACUUGGACAUCCAUCAAGAUUGAUGGGCCCGGAUGGGAUGGCUAUGGUCAAUGGGACAACAGGGGUCCACGGAGAGGAGUUCUGGUCAGAUGGAGGUACGAUGUCCCAAGUCAGGCCUUCAUCUCCUCAGACUCAGCCACAGGGCCCGUCUCAGGUGCCGCCCCAGAGACAGGUCAGCGAUGUCUACUCCAACACCCUCCCAGUUCGCAGGCCUGCCCCCGCCAAGAACAAAAACCCAGUGGGAGAGACCCGGACCCUCCCCAGAUCCAGCUCCAUGGCAGCCGGGCUGGAGAAGAACGGGCGCUCCCGUGUCCAGGCCAUCUUCUCCCAUGCUGCCGGUGGCAACAGCACCCUGCUCAGCUUCUCUGAGGGAGAUGUCAUCACCCUACUAGUGCCUGAAGCCCGCGAUGGCUGGCACUAUGGAGAGAAUGAGAAAAAUAAGAUGCGUGGUUGGUUCCCAUUCUCCUACACACGUGUGCUGCCUGAAAGUGACAGCGACAAGCUCAGAGUGAAUUCCAGUCUUCAUCAUGGAAAAAGCAGCAGCACAGGGAACUUACUGGAGAGUGAUGCAUCACUGCCCACACCUGACUAUGGCCUGACUGCUCGACUGCUGGCGCAAAGCCUGGCACAGACCCGCCCACGGCCCUACAGCAUGGCAGGCUUUGCUCCACAGCCUGCCAUUGAGGAUUAUGACAGCCGCUUUGCGACAAGUAGCGGCUGGUGGGUGGAGGAUUGCAUUGAGCAAGAGAACCUGAGCGGGGCCUACCUGCUUGGUAUGCAGCGUCAUGGACUCUGAAAACUCUGAUCACAGUCCACCAUGGCGAACUGAUCUCUCAAGAGACUCCCUUUGCUACUGCUUGCAUCUCAUGCAUGUACAUGGUUGUGUCAUUUGUGUCAAAACUGAAAGACAUGUUCAUGUACUGUACAAGUGCCAAAAGACUUCAGUGUCGUGCUACUUGAAGCCACUUCCUGAAUGUUCUUUCUAAGCACCACAGGCCCGGUAUUAUUGAGUUCUAAUCCGACUCACAUGCUCAGAGUGAGGCUGUCCUGCUGUGCUUCCUUGUGUCCGCACUUGAGCUGGUUUUCUGUCCAGAGGGUGUCAACUUGCCUUACUUUGCUCUUUUUUCUUUGUUUGUUACCAAGAAUUUUGUAAAAUGAAGCAAAUUUUACACUAUAUAGUAUAUAAAAUAUAACUACACUGGGUAUGGAAAGUAUUCAGACCACCGUCAAUUUUUCACUCUGUGAUAUUGCAGCCAUUUGCCAAAAAAACGUUAAAUUAUUUUAUUUUCUCAUUAAUGCACACAGCACCCAUAUUAACAGAAAUACUCCAAAUUUAAGAAAUUUGCGCAUAUUUUUUAAAAUGAAAAAACUGACAUAUCACCUGGUUCUAAGUAUUCAAACCCUUUGCUCUGUAUUUAGUAGAAGCACCCUGUUGAGCCAAUACAGCCAAGAGUCUUCAGGGUCAAGAUUUGGGGAUCCUCUCCAGUUCUGUCAGGUUGGAUGGUGAACAUUGGCGGACAGCCAUUUUUAGGUCUCUCUGUUUUGCUCAAUUGGGUUAAAGUUCCUUUGACCUCAUGAUUCUCACCUGCUCUGACCUGCAUUGUGAGCUGUAAGGUCUUUUUUAGACAGGUGUGUGGCUUUCCUAAUCAAGUCCAAACAGUAUAAUCAAUCACAGCUGGACUCCAGCGAAGGUGUAGGACCAUCUCAAGGAUGAUCAGAAGAAACAGAAAGCAUCUGGGUUAAAUAUACGAGUGUCACAGCAAAGGGUCUGAGUACUUGGGACCAUGUGAUGUUUCAGUUUGUCCUUUUGUUCAACAACUCUGCAGAAAUUCCUAAAAUUCUGUGUUUUCUGUCACUGUGGGGUGCUGCGUGUACAUUAAUGAGAAGAAAAUUAAUUUAAUUGAUUUCAGCAUAUGAAAAGUUGAUGGGGUCUGAAUACUUUCCGUACCACGGUGUGUAUAAAAGGCUCAUGUCAGUCCAUCAGUUUCUUUUUCUUUAUUUUUCACUCAAAUAAAAAUGUGCUUGGUUAAACUUUACAAUCCAAACACUAUAAACUUUCUUUUUAAAUUUUGGCUGAAAAUUUAACUAAACAAAUUCCCUCUUUUUGAAUUUUAUUUAAAUGAUUUCCUUUUCAUUCCUUUUAUCACUUGAAGCUGUAGUGAUCUGUUGUCAGUCGUCCUGAAUUCAAGCUCCUUUACAGGGUUAAAAUGUAACUGCAGCUUUUACAACUUUCACUGUUAACUUUGAUUGUGGCUGUACACUUUUAUCAUUAUUUUCUUUCUCAUUUCUUUUCAACAUAAAAUAAACACUGUAACAUAUUUCCAGAAACAAUGAAACCUUGCUGAUUUGUCUAAGUGUUUAACUAAUGCAUGCUGUGGAGGGAAAAUAGAAAAUGUGACACUUUGAGAAAAAAAUCUUGAAUGUAUGGUGACUUUUUACAAAAGUAUUCUAAAUAAAACACAUCUCUAUAUAUUAAUAA